AUGGAGCGAUAUGACCGUGCCAUUACAAUCUUCUCGCCGGACGGUCAUCUAUUUCAAGUAGAGUACGCACAGGAAGCAGUCAAGAAAGGAUCAACUGCGGUUGGUGUGCGAGGUAAAAACUGUGUUGUGAUCGGUGUCGAGAAAAAAUCAAUACCAACAUUGCAGGAUGAUCGCACCAUACGUAAAAUUCAUAGCAUCGAUGAGCAUGUUAUGCUGGCAUUCGCAGGUCUUAGUGCGGAUGCACGCGUUUUGGUGGAUAGAGCACGAAUUGAAUGUCAGUCAUAUAAGCUGACUCUUGAAGAUCCCGUUACAGUGGGCUACAUUGCACGAUUUAUAGCGAAUACUAAACAAAGAUUUACACAAAGCCCAGGAAGAAGACCAUUCGGUAUAUCGAUGCUUAUUGGUGGCUUUGAUUUUGACGGGACUCCACGAUUAUUCAAAACUGAACCUUCAGGAGCCUAUUACGAAUAUUCUGCAAAUUCAACAGGUCGUGGUGAGAAGCCAGUGCGAGAAUAUCUGGAAGAGCAUUACAAUGACGAGACAACAGCGGAUGAAGCAAGCGUUUUAAAACUAGUAGUGAAAGCUUUAUCACAAGUGGUUCAAAGUGGUGCUCAAAAUAUCGAAAUUGCUGUCAUGAAGCUAUCUACUGAACCGGGACGCACGGUGAACUAUCGGAUUCUUCCAACUGAAGAAGUGGAAGAGCUGAUUAAAGUUGUUGAUGAUGAAAGGAUGGAAGCCGAAGCAGAAGAAGCAGCGAAAAAAACCGGACUGAAGUGA